AGACCCUCUUUCCAAGCAACUCAAUCUCUUCAUCUCUCUCUCUUUUAUCUUUUGCUCUCUGUUUUCCAAUUCGUUCAAUUAAGACCGCCUUUCAAUUCAAAUCCCCACUUUCUUGUUCUUUUUAAGUAUCAGAGCAAAAUUAAGGAACUUGGGGUUAACAAUGACACAGAGCUUUGACAGUCUUUUCACCAUGGAAGAUACUGAGGUCGCCAAUAUCCUGUUAGAGCUUCCCCGUCUCAUAUUACGCCCUCCUCGCUCUUCUUGUACUUGGGGCUGCCGGAGGAAGAGAUCUGUUUUCACAUCUUCGCCGCCGCUGCUUCCUUCUUCGGCAGUCGUGGGACCCGUCGAAAAUGUCGUAUCUUCAAGCCCUGAUACACCCCUGUCUUUUUGUCCCAGUGAAGCAGAUGAGAAGCCUCUGCCUCUGCCUCCCAAGAAAAAAGCUUCUUCGGUUGAUAUUCUUAAAAGGAAAAAAGAACAACUUCUAGAGAUGGUGGAAGAUUUUACCCAUCGCAAUGAAUUACUCAAAAGGGAUAUAGAGAUUAAAAGGAAAUUGCUUGAUCAACAACUAGCUGAGAAUUUGGAGUUGAAAUCCAAGAAACAAAAGUUAAAUCAGCGUGUACUCACACCAGAAUCAACCCAAAUUAGUGUUGGUCAACAUCAACAAGGAAUUCCCAGCAGGGUUCAUCAGCAACCGUUGACGAUGGAUCAGAUGGUUGAAAUGAUGUCAAUGUUACCAUCAUCAAAGGGUAUCCCAGACCUCAACGUUUCGGCAGAAGAAGCAUUCAUGGAUGUGGACAUAGUAAGCAAAAGCAGAGCAGCAGCAGCAAGGUUUAAAAGGAAGCAAAUUUGCAGAGCAAAGAAUUUGAAAGGUGUUUAGAAAGCUGGGUGCCCUUUAACAUGAGUUUUGUGUCGGAUUUUUAUCCUCUUUUUUUACGGCGGCAUUAACGUAGGGUGUAUGGAAAAUUAUAAAUUAGAAGGAAAGUGAUAUGGAGAAGAGAAAUUAUUUGAUUUGGUAUUGAUAUUCUUAAUAAAUGCUUUUUGAGUA